AAUACAACACAAAUCCGCGUUAGCGCUAAUAGCUCAUUACCAGAUAGCAGAAAUGAAACAAAUCAUUAACCUGAUGUUAAUUGCAUUGCUCGCAUUUUGUGCGAGUGGAGAAUGGAGAUAUAAGACGUUAAGAGAUAUGCAAGGGAAUAUUACAUACAACGACUUCAAAACUACUGAUCACAAUGACUUGAAUCCAAUUACAGAGUAUAGCGACAACCAUGUACUUUUUAUCCACAUUAGAGAUGUUUCUAUGUAUCGAUGGAAGGUCGGAAACUUCGGAUAUAAAUGGAAAGAAUGUACAGCGGAUUUGUACCUGCCAGGAAGGCCAUCCAUCUGUUUGACCCCGGAAGUAAGAUGUUUAUUCUACCAACCGAUUGGAUGUAACAUAGGAAGUAACUUCGAUUUUGUGACGGAUUUCAACGGCUUCGAAUGCGACAAAUACGCGUGGUUUGUUUUACCAAAAUUACCAGCGACUCUCAAAAUAUACAAACGGCGGGAGAGCGAAAAAGUUGUUCAACUUCAGUACAAGUAUUUCGAAUGCCUGAAAAAAAUCUCAUCGACAGUGACCGACGCAUCAACCGUCACAAAUCCUGAUUCCACGACACUUGACUACGAUCACAGCUUGUCGACGAAUGAAGAAAUUGUGAAGACGGACAGCGGGACAGAGAUGUUUCAAGGCAAAAUGGAAAUGACUGCUGGACUUUCGAUCGCCGUUGCUUUACUUGUCGUAUCUUGGGUGGUGUUCGGAGUCGUAUAUAUGCGAAACCGGUCAAAGGCCACCUCACGCAAACCGGAUGUCAAAGAAACUGAGGCGGAAGAAUCAAACACCCGGGAAAUCGUGGUCAAUGCAAUAUAUGGAGAAAAUUUCGAAAGAAUGGGAGACGAUUCGCAGCAGACCAGCUCGAGUGCUGUGUAUAGCGUGGUCCAGAAAUAAAGAGUCAUUUGCAAUUGCACGGUGUACACUAACGGCUUGACGUCUGAUGCAUCGCGAUAAGCGAUUGAGACACCUUCGCCAUCGCACCUCUGAUUACCUUGCGCGGGUUUAAAUUGAGCGCUCCAGAAGUGUAUGUACCAAUAUGGAGGUAACUAAUUUUGUUUGCCGUACCUUUAAUAUAACUAAAAUAAGCAAAAUCGGAAUAAAAUUAUGCCCUAACUCUAACCUGGUACACAAACUAAGGGAGUACCAAAAAUGCAUCAUCUUGUAAUAUUUUAUGUUCUAUUUCAAGCGAAAGCCAAGCCAAACUCAACGAUAGAAGUGUCAUUGUAGUAGCAAGGUCGACAAAAAACCGUAGCCAAAAAUAUAACUUCAUCAUUAGCGGAGGUUCUUACCACACUACCGCCAUCUAGUUAUUUUUUUGUUAUAGCUAUUUCUGUACGUCUACAGAUACUGGUACCGGUAUAUAUAAAUUCUAUAGGUAAACCAUAUUUGUGAAAUAAUUUUCGUCAUUAUUUAUGACUUUUUUGAUCAAAUUGUCUGUAGUAUGACUUAUUUCCUUUUAUAUAUCGAUAUAGCUAUUUCCCAGAAAGCUAAUAUAACGGCUCAAUCAUAUAGCAAGGCAAAGCCUUUCAUCCGGUUACUAGUCAAAGUCCAGUUAUUUCAGUUGUAUUUGAUAUGAAACCGCCGGUUUUUAUGUUUGGGCUCCGUUUCUCUUUUAAUGUCUAUUAAACGUGUUUGCUUGCUAUCUGUGAAAUUUUGUUGAUUUUACUGAUUUUUUUUUAUUUUGUUUCAACUUGAAUAUAUAAUUAAUUGAACGGCAAUCACCGGUUUAAUUAAAUCAAGGUGAGUCGAAUCGAAGAGUAAAUUAUUCCAAUCGGUUCAGAGCAAAAUUUUAAAUCGCCGCCAUCUUGUUUUUUAUCUUCUCGCCAAUGGUCGAGGUGAAUUCCCCUUUUUUUUCAUGCAAGUCAUA